GGCUAGAAAUCGGAUGUGUACUUUUUCGUUACACCUCUAAAGUUUCAUUAUCUCCCCUCUGCAAAGCAGAUAUCAAAUUGAAUUCGCGUAACAUGACGGAUUACUUGUUUUAGAGCAACUGGGCAAAUCGUAACCAUCGCUUACAUACCACUUCUAAGAAUCCAAGUUCCAACUUAAUUUACAAAGGUGCUGGUCGAACAAUGUCGAUGAACAAGAAAGAAGAGCCAAGCACUGCACCAAAUCCAGAUCAAUGGUAUACUCUAUCCCUAGGUUCUUCCUUCAAAGAUCACCAACCUUCUUCCAAAUUCUGCACUUUACGCUAUGAAUUCAAGCCGGCUUCAAUCGAUAAAAGCCAACCUGGAGCAUUACAGAAGACGAAAGAUAACAAAAUCAAUGUAGAAUUUCACAAUAAUCAACCUGGAAAACCUAAGGUUACUUUCGAAGGUACAAGUGAAGAUUAUAAGGAAAACGACGCAGUUUUAUUCUUUGACGGCAAUAGUUUCCGCCUUGAACGCCUUCACCGUGCUGUUAAGCGUUUGCGCCAUGUCCGCUUGCCUGGCGAAUCGGCUGCCGCCACGUUAGCCGCUUGUUCUUCAGCGGAUGCCGGAUCGCCACCUAUGGCAAGAGGACCUAAACCUCAGCCUCAGCCUCAAUCGCAGAGUUCUAGUCAUCGGCCUGUUUUUACGGCUCCCUUACCACUAGCACCACUGCCAUUGCCACCACCACCGCCGCUGCCGCCUCCCGUUUCGGUUGAAGUUGAGCGAAUCGAUAUUGGUGAUGCUGGAAACUCAGGAGGUCAACCUAAAAUUGACAAGUCUACCAGUACCCCUCCUCAACAACCAAACGCUACAUCAUCCCCAGAUUCAAAGGACUUUAAUCUUGAAGAGCAUCUAGACAUAAUGAAUGACGAUGAUGAUGAUGACGUGCUAGGCCCUGGCAAAGAUAGUACUGAAGAAAAAGCAACCCAUGUUGCUAUUGAUAUCAACAUUCCACAGCAAAAUGACACAGAUGACGAAAUUGCUGAUGUUGACGUCAAUGAUGACAAUGGAGUUAUGGGUGGUAAUGCAGCAGCGGCUCUAAGAGCCCAGGUUGCAGUGGAAAGAGAGCACACUUCCAGCUCAAGUGCCAGCAGUGGAAGUGAGAGUAGUGGAAGCAGCAGUGAAAGUGGUAGCGGUAGUAGCAGCAGUGAUAGUGAGAGCAGUAAUGGCGACGGUGACGGGGACGGUAACUCAGUUAGCUCUAUUUGAGUUCUGAAUCGGAGUAUUGGCCAUGAUUCUACCCACCUAUAUCAGGAAUUCCUUGGCGACCUGCAGGCAAUGUGGUGGCUCUUUCCUUAUUAUACUGUAUGACUAAGGAAAAUCUAUAUAUUUUUCUAACAUAUUCUUUUUCAAUUUUUAAGUGAGAGAACCUGAGAUGUAUGAUAAAUGCUCAAUAGAAAGAAGAGAGUUUAUAUUCUUA